UAAGUCCCUACUGUGGCCUGCAAUCUGGGCAGCGCGGGGAGGAGCGUUGAACACUGUCCAGACUUUGCAUAGCGACCUGCAGGCUUUAAAGGCACCUGUGAGCUGCAGUGCCUAGACCGACCGCGAGGACCGUCAUCAUGCAUCGUGUACCGCUGCUGCUUGUGCUGGGCUUGUUGCUCUUGGGCCCCGCUGCUCCUGCGCGCCUCAAGCGCCCUUCCCGAUUCAGCAGCUUCUCCUGGGAUAACUGUGAUGAAGGAAAGGACCCUGCAGUGAUCAAAAGCCUGUCGCUCCAACCUGACCCCAUUGUCGUUCCUGGAGAUGUGAUUGUCAGUGUUGAGGGCAAGACCAGCGUCCCCCUCACUUCUCCUCAGAAGGUGGAGCUCAACGUGGAGAAGGAAGUGGCUGGCUUCUGGGUCAAGAUCCCUUGUGUAGAACAGCUAGGCAGCUGUACCUAUGAGGACUCCUGUCAACUGUUGGACCUAUACUUCCCCCCUGGAGAGCCCUGCCCGGAGCCCCUGCACAGCUAUGGGCUGCCCUGCCACUGUCCCUUCAAGGAAGGCACCUACUCACUGCCCACGAGCAACUUCACAGUGCCUGACCUGGAGCUGCCGAGCUGGCUGAGCACCGGCAACUACCGUAUCCAGAGUGUCCUGAGCAGCCAGGGGAAGCGCCUGGGCUGUAUCAAGAUUGCCGUCUCUCUCAAGGGCAGAUAGCCCAGCAGCAGCCACCACGGAAUGAAGGGGCACCAGGAAGGCGUGCCUCUUCUUUUGUGUUCCAGGACCCAGAAAUGCCUGCCUCUAGCCCCAUUCUCCUUCAGUUCUAGCCUCUGCAAAUCACUGUACAACCUGACCUGAGGGAGGAUGGGCCAGGCGGGUCCUGACGUCUGGGCUUUGAGCCAUGCUCUUCCCCACCUCUUCAACUUCCUAAGACUUUCUUUCCUGUCCAAAACAGUCAAGGAAUGGGAACCAACAUGUUUGGGGAAUCUUAAGUUCAAACUGACCCAACCUUGGUCUCCUGAGGUUAUCCCCACCCCCACCCCUUCUUUUUAUUACUAACUUAAAACCGGAAUAACAGUAUUAACCUUUCUCAUUCCACCCUAAGCCUCCUGCAAAGAGGCCUAGGUAAUCUAUCUUAGGCGAGGCUUUUCCUUUUCCUUUUUGGCAUGCCACACAUACAAGGAAUGGAUGACAUUCCUUAUACUAGUCAAGAAACAAAACCUCAAACCCAAUAGCACAUGUGCGCUGGUGCCAGAUGGCCAGGGUCUGGAAUGGCAUAUCUAGUCCUGGGGAGGUGCAGCCUAAUGUGACCAGUAAGUGCCAUGUAAGAAUGUUGCCAGAUAUUCACAAUAUUUUUCUUCCUUAGUCCCCAAACCCAGACUUUUAUAUGAAAUCUUAGAAUUUGUAACUAUUGGUAACAAAUUGUUUUCUUUUUUUCUUUAAAUAAACCGUACGGGUCAAAGGGGCAUCAUGGACUUGUCUGGGGGCUAUCUGGCUCACAGGUGGUAGUUUCUUACAUCUUCUCAGUCUCAAGUUAUCUGGCAUCAUCUCUUCCCUCUUCAGGGUCAAGUCGGUGGUGCCUGGCCUCAAAGAGGGCUCAGCCUGCAUUAGCACAUUUCUAAGUGGCCUCUGAGAGCUGGGCACUGUGCCAGCCUCAGAGUACAUCAGCAUCAGGGUACAGGGGUUCACACCAGAGUGGGUGCCCCAGAAGCCACCAUGUGGAACAGGGAUCCCAUGAAGAGAGUGGAUCCUGGAUCAGGUUGCACCAUGACAACUUCCCAAGCCUCGGAUAGCCCAGGUUUUCUGGACUGGAAGCCUAGGCUGGCAAUAAACCUUUUUAACUUGC